CCCAGCCCUAUCAUCAUCGUAUCAAUCAUGAAGGCAUUAUUGAUCUCACUCCUUUCACUCUCAUUAUCCCUCCUCAUUUCCUCCUCCGUCGCCGCCACUUCACCGUCUACCGCCGUCCUUGACGUCAAGGGAAAACCCCUAAUUGUGGGCUCAAACUACUUCGCCUUCCCGGUGAUCCGCGGCAGCGGCGGCGGGGUAUACCCAGCCAACAUCAAACAGAACAACACCCAUUGCCCACAAGACAUCAUCCAAGAGGCCACCGAAGACAAAGGCAUACCCGUCAUGCUCACUCCGGUAAACGCCAAAGACGGCGAUGUGGUCCCGCUUUCCACCGAUCUCAACGUCAGAUUCUACACCCCGACAACCUGCGCCAAGGAAAUGGUGUGGAAACUAGACGCCUACGAUCAGCUCUCGAAUCAGACUUUCGUGAAGACCGGUGGGGCCAUAGGAAAUCCUGGGAUUAAUACUUUAAGCAGCUGGUUUAAGAUUGACAAGUUCGAUAAUGAUUACAAGUUUGUCUUUUGCCCGAGCGUAUGCAGCACGUGCAGGGUCAUUUGCAGAGAUGUUGGAAUCUUUGUGAACAAAGGUGUCCGGUUUUUAGUUUUGAGUGAUGUUCCGUUUAAGGUUCAGUUCGAGAAGACAUUUUAAUUCAUACCCCGGCCGCUAAUUAUCAUCUUCCCGGCCUGGCUAAUAAUGUCUACUCCGAGCCUCACUACUUUAUAGACCCCAAUAAAUCUGGGAAGAUAUCUUAAAAUGUCUUGAUGGAUCCAUGUUAUGUAUGAUUUGCUAUCGUAUUCUUAACAAAGAAUUUCACAUGAAAUAAAUUCAAACCUUAAUUAAGGUAUGGCCUGC